AUGGCCAGGCACGGACGAAAGUCUGGUCAUCUAACUGCUACACGGAAAAAACCUGGUCGACCUCCUGAGCAACCUGCGGAACUUGGACCAGAUCCCAAACUUACACAUCUGCUUCUCAAAUUGCCUCCGCAUCUUCCUCCCUCGCAUCCGCCAGUGCAAUCUCUCAUCGAGAACUAUAUCAGUCCAUCGUCUUCAAGCAGUAACGAGGAUGUUCUGUAUGGAGCGCAGGUGACACAGGAUGAUAACGAUGAUGGCGUUGUUCAUAAUUCUGAGACGGACGGAGAUGACAUCACUGUUACGGAACCAGCCUCUCAGUCAACUCAGGGAGAUCAUGGGAAGGUUAUAACACCCCUACAUGCACAACCGGUAGAAGUAGAAUACAUGGUGCCGAAGCAUGACGGAAAGGCUAUGAAGCGCGUACCGUUGUCUUCGGCCAUGACCUGGGAUAUUGUCCAUGAGCGGCUGCGCAUUGUGAUGGGAUAUGACAAUGUCGACGACAUGGCGCUCUCGUAUCGCCUCUCCAAGGAUGCCAAGUCUGUCCGCAAGAGCCUCGAAGAUGACAAUGACUAUCAGGGCAUUGUCCAGUCCAUGCAGAGUCAUCGCCGGAAUACCCGACCUCAGCAAGUAAUUAUAUUGGAUGACAGUGUGAAUGAUUCAGAGCAGGAGUUGUCACAGCCCAAGGGUUCGCACAAGAAGGCACCCGGGAUGAAAGCAGCCGCAGUCGCACAUGCUUACGCCACUGUAGAGCAUCAAAGCCAAAUUGAUGAAGUGGUGGAGGAGUUGAAAAGGCAGAAUCCGAAGUGUACUUGGGCAACUGACAUUGUCAAGCAACUGUCACUUCCAGAAAUGGAACGCACAGUGACCUAUACCCAUCCACCGAACAACCGGAUGUUUGACGUACCUCCCUCGUUUCGUCAUCAGCAUGCCCCAUCGGUGUCGAAGGCCCCUUCCACAUCUAUGCCUGUUCCUCCAAUCAUUAUCAACAUGCCUGAGAUGUCUGGUUCUCACAAACAUCUUAUAGUAUCUCCAUCAUCAUCUGAUCCUGUCAAUCCUGCUGAUGCUCCUUGGCCAUCGCUCACCGACUUCCUUCUGCAUGCAGUAACUGUAGACCGUCACAGUCGGAACUAUCCUGCAUAUGAGCCAGGUCUUCGUCAAGCUGACCUUCUGGGCCCGGAUGACAUUGAGAAGUGUACGGAGGAGGAGCUGAAGAAGCAUUGUGAUAUUCCCAUUGGUGCUGGUCGAUUCUUGAUACAUGAGGCUAAACUGGUUUGCAAGCAGAUUCGACAACAGGCACAGAUACCACAGAAGCGUUUCCGAUUUGACUAG